UUGAAGACUAAUACGUGAUCAUUCUUUCCUAGCUUGACUUCAUCAGACAUGAUUUCUUAUUUGCAGCUUGUUUAUAUAAUAACUUUGUUACCCCCGAUAUUAUUCUCUGUGACACUAUCAGAGACACCAAAUCUGUGCACGGUGGUGCAAGGACUUCCAGGACUUAAUGGCAGAGAUGGGAGAGAUGGGGUUAAUGGAAUGAAAGGAGAGCCAGGUCCACUUGGAGAACAAGGUUUAAGAGGUAUUGCAGGACCACCUGGCAAAGUGGGACCAAUGGGGAAUCAAGGAGACCAAGGAAAUAAUGGAAUCCCAGGCCCACUGGGACAAAAAGGAGAUAAAGGAGAUUUUGGUUUACCAGGUGUCAAAGGAAAUUCUGGAGAAAAAGGGCAGAAAGGAGAUCCAGAUACUAGUGUGACCAGUAAGGAUUCUGAUUUAGAAAACAGAAUAGCACUUUUGGAGAAGCAGCUGAUCUCACUUGGUAAAGUUUUAUCCUUUGCAAGUAUCCUGAGGACAACGGGUGAUAAAUACUAUGCCACAAAAGGAGAUGAAGGUGAUUAUUCAGCAGCUCAGACAGCUUGCGAGAGACAAGGUGGAACCUUACCGACACCAAUGAACAAUGCUGAAGAUUUAGUUAUCUAUCAGUUUGCACACUCUGCUAAAAGACAAAUAUUCCUGGGCAUAAAUGAUAUAAAAGAGGACACUGUUUUUACAUACCUGAAUGGGAAACAACUUACAUACACUAAUUGGUAUCCGACGGAACCCAAUGGUGGCAGAAUUGAAAACUGUGUUGAAACAUAUCAUCAUGAACGCAAAUGGAAUGACCGUAGUUGUGAUGCAAAGAAUCUUAUUGUUUGUGAAUUUUGAAAUGUACUAAAUUAUGUGAAGUAGAUAUAACACGCAUCACUAAAUUUUGGAAUAUAUUAUUUAAAUGAUAACACUGAAUUUAAAAAUGAAGGCAGAUUUAACAACAUUUAUAAAUAAGAUGUGCAUUAUUUUUCAGAUUAAAAAUGUAAAGAAUUUUCA